GGAAUGGCGUCCGCUAGGGUCGUACGGAGGCAAGGUUCCGUCGUAUCCGCUAGCAGCGAGUAUUUCAAAUCCCCAGGUUGCUUUACUUGUUCCUGUAUGAGGCCUCGGUAUAAACGCCUUGUUGAUAACAUUUUUCCAGCUAAUCCUCAAGAUGGACUUGUUAAAAAUAAUAUGGAAAAACUUACAUUUUAUUCACUUUCAUCUCCAGAGAAAUUGGAUCGAAUAGGAGAGUAUAUAUUUCAACGGGCUAGUCGUGAUAUAUCUAGGAAAAAAACAUGUUAUGUUAUAAUCGCUAUGGAGGCAAUGGACCAGCUGUUAAGUGCUUGCCAUUCUCAAACUUUGAAUUUGUUUGUCGAAAGUUUUUUAAGAAUGGUUCAGAAGUUGUUGGAAUCCACAGAACCAGAUCUCCAAGUUUUAGCUACAAAUAGUUUUGUUAAAUUUGCUAACAUAGAGGAAGAUACUCCUUCUUACCAUAGGAGAUAUGACUUCUUUGUUUCAAAAUUUUCUUCAAUGUGUCAUAAUAAUGCAACUGAUAUUCAAGUGAGAAAAACAUUGAGGUUAGCUGGAAUACGAGGUCUGCAGGGUGUUAUACGUAAAACUGUAUCUGAUGAUUUGGUUGAGAAUAUCUGGGAGCCAGUUCAUAUGGAUAAAAUUCUGCCAUCGUUAUUAUUCAAUAUGCAAGAAUCAGAGAGAUACCCCGAAGUUGUAGGCUGCUGUAGCCUACUUCCAUGUCACAAUAAGCUGAUCCAAGGUGUCGUAAGUCUGACCGGAGUACGUCAGGGGACAUAUUAUAAAGGAGGUAACGGAACAAGAGAUGACAGAGAUCCUAAUGAACCAGGGGUACUCGCUGAUACAUGUAUUAGAGAACUUGUUGGACGAGCAUCGUUUGGCCACGUAGGCAGUCUUCUUCGCCCCGUUCUCAGGCAUUUGGACCAGCAUAGUCUUUGGGUUCCAAAUGAAUUCGCCGUGCACACCUUCCGAAUCAUCAUGUCUUCUAUUCAGACCCAGUAUUCAUAUGCAGUUGUUGAGAAUUUGAUGUCACAUCUUGAUUCAAAUAUCAACAGCUCAGCUAAGAUUCGAACAAGUAUUGUCAAUGUUCUGUCAAAGAUCAUCGCCAUUUCAGCUGAAGAGAGUGUUGGCCCAUCUGUUUUGGAGAUCAUAAACUCUUUAGUCGGGCAUUUGAAAAAUUCUGUUACGAAACGUGAAGACUUUGGUGAAGAGAUAUAUAGGGAAGCUCUGAUCUCUUGCUUGGGAGAAUUCAGCGCUCAUUUGCCUGAUUACCAAAAGGUGGAAAUAAUGGUAUUCAUCGUGUCGAAAGUGCCAGUUGGCGAUGUAUCUGGUCCUGAGAAGCUCUUGCAGGAGAUGCUUCUUAAAUCAUUGCUGAUUAUCAGUAAGAAAUACACUAAUGUUUCCAUGACUACAACUUUUCCCGUUUUAUUAUUGGAACCGAUGUUGCGUCUAUGUGGAAAUUUAGAAAUGACCACAUUAGUACAGGGGGUUUUUCAUGCUUUACUCGACCGACAAGGAAACUUGGAGAAGCUUAGAAGGCCACGAAUAUACCCAAUGCAUCUGAAAACUGAGCCAUGUUCCCGGGCAGAUACAGUAUUUAUCAGAAAGUAUGGAGAGGACAUAUAUGGUAGGAUAUUAGAUGCCAUGUCACUUCCAGGCAACUCACUUCGUACUUAUUCUUCUCUCUAUACAACGUUGGCAUUGGUUGCGAUUGAACUUAUUUCCCUAUCUAAUAUAACUUCGUAUCUCACUGCUGUUUACAGUAUACAAGAAGUCGCUACAACACAGGCAAGUCUCUCUACUAAGCAAAAGUUUCACCUUCAUUCCAUCUGUAUUACUCUCCUUCACUUGAUUCUUAGCAUCCUUCAGAUACAGCCUCUCGGAGAUUAUUGUGAUAAGAUAAUUGAACAGAGAAAGAAUCGGGCACCACAUCUCUUACCUGACUUGAAGGAAGAUUAUGGAAACACAUCACCUGAUAUAGAAGUUGAACUGCUUCUUGAUCAAAAUAAAUUGGAGUCCAUGUUGAGAGAGUCUGGAUUAGAUACCGGUGUUCUUACAAGGGCAUUGACUCAUAGGCAUUCAUGGGUCGAAAAUACCAGUGUAUCUAUGAAAGGAAGUGUUACAGAUUUAAAUAAUUUGGACCUAGAUUCUGCUAAUUCGACUCCUGGACUCCAAAGAAAGUAUCCUGAGGAAGAGCUCAGCUUUGAGGCAAUGAAGCGAAUUUUGAGUGACAAUAAUGAGCAGAGGAAGGCUGAAAACAGGCGAAAGCAAGCUGAGCUCUGCCUGGCCUUCCGAACGACGGCUUUUAGUGAAAUCGUAAAUAAUAACACCGUCAAGGAUGAAGAUACUCUGCAGACAAAGCUGAUGGAACUACUGCAGAAGAACUUACCUCCUGUGAAUCCUCUUCCUUUACAAACUGAAGGGCCUAUUUAUGAAGUGCUGUUUCCGGAAUUAUUCGCCUAUUGAGUAUUUCUUCCAGUUAAUCAGCUUUCUGUUUUUAUGUGUAUAGUCUGUAACUUCUUUUUGUACAAUAAUUUGUUGAUUUUUUAAUUUAUAAUAAAUAUUUUAUUUGCUGUUUUCUUUCUUGCUUGUUCUUCCCUAAAAUAAAGCGUGCACU